CUUGAAGUCCACGAGAUAAAAGAUGGCAGAGGCCGUCACAGUCAAAGUCGAGAAACUCGACGCUUCGGAGAUUGAGCAAAAGAUCGUCGAGCUCUGCACGGCAAACCCGGCCGGCAUCACGGACAAGAUCGUGCAAAUGCACGUGCCCAAUGUCGAUCCCAGCGCCCGAGUCGCCGCCUUCAACAGCUUGCUAUCCCAGGGUAAACUGGAAAUUCUCAAGCAGAAGAACCAACUGCUGUACCGUUUAAAGAACACCGACACCGACAGCAAGUGCAAGGGCUCGGACAGAGAAGAAAAAGUCGUGUACAAGAUAGUCGAAGAAGCCGGAAACAAAGGGAUUUGGAUACGUGACAUCCGUAUAAAGAGUGGUCUCGUUUUGACUGCUCUGAACAAGAUUCUCAAAAAUCUGGAGAGCAAGAAAUUGAUCAAAGCCGUCAAGUCCGUCUCGGCGUCCAAGAAGAAAGUCUACAUGCUGUUCAACCUCGAACCUGACCGCUCAGUGACGGGUGGUGCCUGGUACAGCGAGCAAGAGUUUGAGUCCGAGUUUGUGGAAGUCCUCAACCAACAGUGCCACAGGUUUCUCAUCAAGAAGCUCACAGUCGCCAAGGAUACGUCGGCAGGAGACCCACUGUUAGAGAAGAAUGCCUCCUUCGCCUCCUCAAAGGAGGUCUGGGAAUUCAUCAAGAAACUUGGCAUCAGUAAGGUUCAGCUGAGCGUUGAGGACAUCGAAAUGAUCCUCAACACACUCAUCUAUGACGGAAAGGUGGAGAAGACGGUCGUCUGCGGCUCCGGCAGCGGCCUGUCGAGCUCGUCGAGGAGCGCCUCUUCCGGAGAAGACCUGGUGAACCUCUACCGGGCUGUCGAGCCGCUCAUCAACAGCACGGGGCUGAUGCGCAUUCCCUGCGGGACGUGUCCGGUGAUUGACAACUGUUAUGAGGGAGGUGCAGUGUCCCCAUCUAACUGUCAGUACUUCAAGAAGUGGCUCUCCGAAGGCUUUGACGAAAAUGGGACAUUUGAGGAUGUGUUCUGACAAGAGGAGGAGCACACACACCUUGUACAGCCAGGAAAAUCAAAAAGCGAAAUAAAAGACCACAAAACACUUUGUUUCAACUUAUUUUAUU